AUAAUCAAAGGAGAAGAUUAUACUGUGUUCAAAGGUAUUCCUUAUGCAAUGCCCCCUGUAGGAUAUCUACGUUUUCAGCUUGUUACUAAGCCAAAAGCAUUGCAUAUGCCAAAAGAGCCGGCUAAGUGGCGAGGUGUGAUGAACGCUACUCAAUUUAGUGCACUAUGUGUACAGCGGAUGGAUUCGCUCGCCACUGAUCCAGAAAGGCAUACGGCUCAUUUUUCUGAAGACUGCCUCUAUCUAAAUGUAUUCUCACCUACUCCUUAUCAAUACACAAAUGAUACUUAUCCCGUCAUUGUAUUCAUACAUGGAGGAGAUUUCCAAUCUGGUGGAGGAAGCGAUUAUCCUCAACAGGCGAUUCUUGAUAACUUUGUGUCGCGCAAGAUUAUCUUCGUUACAUUUAACUACCGGCUAGGUCCAUUAGGUGAGUCUGUCAAUUACGAUUACAAAUUUUCAUCGCAGUAUCCAACAUCACAUUGUAGAUUAGCUUCAACAAACCUCAUAACUCUAGGUUUUCUCUCCACUGGUGAUAAGAUACUUCCUGGUAACAUAGGAUUGUGGGAUCAGAUCUGGGCUCUGAAAUGGGUCAAA